AGUAGGGCUCAUUUUUCUCGUUCGUAUAUGACACAAAGUUAGCAGCCGAGAGAAAAGUAGAGAAAUUAUUUGACACACUCCAGUACAGUAGGUGGCGAUAUACACUAAACAAGAUCCACCCACAUAGCAGGAAAGGAAGAAGAAGAAGAAGAAGAAGCAGAAGAGGGCGAAGAAGAGCACGACAACAACAAUUCUCGAAAUCUCGAAAAUGUCUGAGUACGCCACGGCCCAGAAGAGUGCCCUGAAAUUAAAAGGUAUAGGGGACAUUUCCGCUGGGAAAAAGAAGAAGAAGAAGGCUAAAGAGAGUAAGCAUCGACUGGAGCAGGUUGUGACCAAUCAAGAAGAUGAAGAGGAGAAAACCACGAAAGCAUACGUUGACAAAAGGACACCUGCACAAGUUGCUUUUGACAAGAUGCAAGAAAAAAGGCAAAUGGAGAGGAUUUUGAACAAAGCGUCAAAGACGCACAAACUCAGAGUAGAGGAUUUCAAUCGUCAUCUGGACAACCUGACAGAACAUUACGAUAUUCCCAAGGUCAGCUGGACCAAAUAAGGGGAGAAGCAAAUGUUCAUUUUUUUUUCAUCAUGUUAUUUUAAAGUGUGUAAUUUUCUUUUCAUAUAUUAACCAUCAAAAUGUUUUAAGUUCUUAUGUAUACAAUAAAAGGUUUUCGUAAA